CCAGCGUCCACACCUCCCCGGAAACUUGUUGCGGUCAUAACAGCUAGCGGCUAGCUCCCAGCUAACGUUAGCCGCUCAAUAACCAGCAGCAGUCACAGGGAAGCUCGUGCUCCGUCCACACACCAAUGACAGGGACACCCACUUCAAAAAUAUGCGCCCGGAUAUUGUCUGAUUCUCGGCUGCUUCUUCUCCGCGACGCCCUGUGAAGCUGUCUCUCAUCUCUAAAGCGCAGUAACUUAACUCGGAUAUGGAUUCUGAACGACUGAAACGAAGAGAGGAGAUCCAGAAAGCAAUGAGCUUUAUCCAGUCAUCAUUGCCCUUUCCAGAGCCUGAGAGUUAUGAGCCAUUCCUGACCCAGUUGGUGUGUAACUUGCUGGACGAGGGCAAUUCUUGCUAUCGAGAUGGGGACUGUCGCCAGGCGACCCAGCAGUAUGGGGAAGGGAUAAGUGUCGCCCGCUACGCCCAGGCAGAGGCCCUUGUGAUCCCUCAAGAGCUGCUGGAGGGCCUCUACGUCAACAGGGCUGCUGCCUACUAUCAAACGAGGGAGUAUGAGAGAGCUGACCAGGACUGCGACAGUGCACUAUACAUGUCCGAAGGCAGUCGCAGGGCUUUGUACCGGAAAGCUCUCUGUCUGAGGGAGCUGGGACGACUCAGAGAGGCCUAUGAGUGUGGAACCAAGUGUCUCCUCACAGCACCACACGACCGACAGGUAACUGAACUGGCCCAGGAUCUGGCCAAUAAACUAGGCCUAAAGGGCCGUAAAGCUUAUGUCAGCCCUCAGAUAGAGUCCACAGCCAGGGAUGGGGAGAAUCAUGGGGAGUCAUCCCCACCCACUGGAGAGAUGUCCUCCAACGGGCUGGAAUCGCUGGGUGACAUUGGACAAGCGGACAUGUCGAGUGCACAGUGCAUCCCUGCUCCUUUGGCCACGCCCAUCCCAGUCAGUGAUGAACCGGGGAGCCCCGUAGUGAGCCCGUGCACUGAUUUGUCAGAGAGCCCCAGCAGCCAGGCCCUGGCUCCCAUGCCGUAUUCUGUCCCGGUGUCCGAGCAUAUGGACGAGUGCAACAGCAUCAUCAAAGAUGAACUAGACAGUCUGUUGGAAUGCAACCCCAAGAAAGUCAGUGAGAAUCCUGUCCAGGGUGCUAUCCCCACCAACCUUCCCAACACGGCGGUUGCUCUUCGGCCUCCAUACUCUCCCAACCUUCCGGCCCCAUCUCCACAGCUUCCCCCAGCCUUCUUCAGCUCCUCCAUCAGUGACAUGCCCCCAAUGGAGUCUUACCCGCCGCUGGCCCAGCGGGACCAAGGCUCUACCCAGCCGCAGGACGCACUGGGAGGCUUCUCCCCAGAUGGAGAAGGAAAAGCAGGAGUCGUCACUGGCGGGCUGGACUCAUUGUCUGAAUACACUCUCCCUGGGGGACGAGUGUGUCACAGCUUCAUCCCGGGAAUUCGCACCAACAAUGUUGCUCAUGCAAACGGUCCGGCAGGAACAAACUUGUCCCUGCUCUCCAGGAACCCCCUAGCAGCUACGCAUGAGUUUCGGCAGGCCUGUCAUGCCUGUUACAGCCGAAUAGGUCCCCGUGUGAUGGACUACAAAUAUCAGCCGGAGGCAGCACAUCGUUGCAAGAGAGACGUGCUGUUGUGUCGCCUCAAAAACACAGAUGACCCCACCUGGAAGAGGAUCCGGCCCCGGCCUGCACGGAACAACUUCCUGGGGGCAUUUGUACUCUGUAAAGAGGUGCAGGAGCGUCAGGAGUGCCAGUAUGGGGAGAAUUGUACAUUUGCCUACUGCCAGGAGGAAAUUGACGUGUGGACGCAAGAAAGGAAGGGCGCAUUGAGCCGAGAGCUGCUGUUCGAUCCGCUGGGCAGCACAGAGCGACGGGCGCUCAGCGUCACCAGACUGCUGCAGCUCCACAUGGGAAUGUUUAUGUUCCUCUGUGAGGAAUGUUUUGACAGUAAGCCUCGCAUCAUUAGCAAACGCAGCAAAGAAAACUUAUCGGUCUGCUCAAACCUCACAGCUCGACACCCGUUCGACGAUAACAAGUGCCUGGUGCACGUGGUGAGGUCAGCCAAUGUGCGCUACAGUAAGGUGCGUCCCCUGCACCCCCUCUGUCAGUUUGACGUUUGUCGCCACGAGGUCCGUUACGGCUGCCAGCGCGAGGACAGCUGCUCUUUUGCGCACUCUGUCAUAGAGCUCAAAUGCUGGGUCCUACAGCAGGAUACUGGUAUCACCCACGAAGAGAUGGUGCAGGAGUCCAAGAGACACUGGCAAAGGCUGGAGCAGAAUGCACAGAAGCAGCAGAAGCCCAUCCAUUUCCCCCACCCGAGCAGCGUACCUGCAGGAGGAGUCGGAGGAAUGGGAGGCGGGGGCGGAGGAAUUGGGGGAGACUGCCUAGGUGGCGGUGUUGGACCAGUGGGAGGCAUUGGGGUGGGGGGGUUGGGAGCCGCAGCAGGACGGGGACGACCCCUCAACCUGAAAAUGAAAUUUGUGUGUGGCCAGUGCUGGAGAGAAGGACAGGUCAACGAGCCCGACAAGAACCUCAAGUACUGCACAGCCAAAGCACGGCACAGCUGGACGAAGGAGCGUCGGGUCCUGCUGGUCAAAUCAUUUGAGAAGAAGAAGUGGGUUGUGGUUCGGCCUCUGCCUUUCUCUCGCACCUAUCCUCAGCAAUAUGAUAUGUGUGUGCAUGUGAUGAAGCAGAAGAAGUGCCACUAUAUUGGGAACUGCUCAUUCGCUCACAGUCUGGAAGAAAGGGACGUCUGGACAUACAUGAAGAACAACAGCUUGAGAGACAUGCAACAGAUGUAUGAACUGUGGCUGCAGCUCACCAAUCAGAGUAAACGCACAGAAAGCUCUGCAGUGACGCCGCCUCCAGAGGACAAACAGGUCACUAUAACGGCAGAUUACACAGAAAGCAUGGGAGGACGACGGUUGUCAGAUGGGGAUGACCUCUGAGUUGCUAUGGGGACCAGAGGCAGCUGAUUGCCUUGGAGCUGCAGCCACACACGGACCUGCAACACCAGCGAUCACUGAAACAGUCUGUCACCUUUCCAGUCUGACCUCCGCUAGCAACUAGCCAGCAGUGCAAGAGCAAAUGUCCACACAACAGAGCAUUUGACCCCACACACACAAACAGACACAUAUACACAAACUAUUCACUCAACACAAGAUACAGGCACUGAUUAACCCAAUUAGAAAGCUUCCUUAGUGAAAAUUCAGGACUUGGCUUAAGCUUAUUGUUUGUAUCAUGCAGCAGUUACACACUUUAGUUUCUCCUCCGGGUCAUUAUAAUGCAAUCUCCCAGACAACUAGUUCUCCUGACUAAAAGAAUCAGCUAGUGUUCCCUCGUACAGUUUGGACUGAGCAACUCCGUGUCCACCGGCCACCUCUUUUAUUUUUGUUGUUUUGAAUCCUCGCAGCACUGAAACAGUUCUUGGUGGGGCGCGCUGGUCGCAGCUCUCAAAUAUUGCUUGUUGAUAAAUCAAAACUCAGUUGAAGCUCAGCGCUCUUACACAGAAAGUUUAAAUCGAAACUUCAGAGUGCCAAAAAUGCCAAGUCCUCGGUGCUGUCGAUGGCAGUGAUUUGGAAGAGGUUCUUGGUGGACGCUUUCUCGUUAAGCUGCGUAUCAACCAAAUGCCGCUCUCCUUCCUUUUUUGGAGAAUAAUGAUUUUAAGCAUUGUUUUUUUCCAAGGGGAGUUGUACUUCCUUGUUAUAUUGUCUGCCAUAUUGGCAGAACUCAGUGAAUGUAAUGCCUGCAUGGGCCUUUAAAAAACGAGGAAGUUAGUCAUGGAAUCAUGGAAUGUAUGCAAGAACACUUAUUAUGCUCGAAAACAAACUUGUGUAACAUUAGCUUCCCCCCUCUUUAUUGUUAAAAUAUAAAUCCUGUGAUAGCUGUUUAUGGAAUCAUGCCAACUGGUCCGGUGAUGAACAAGCCUGGACACACACACACCCCCACACAUUAACCCAACUAGAUCUUAUGAAACAUCUGUGGCUUAUGUACGUUUGGCUAAAGGCUUGUGUUUGUGCCGCUGUGUGCUCAAAGCAUCGGACAGAUGUGAAGCUGGUGUCACGAGGCUGCAGAGAGGUGACUGCACAACAACAUACAACGUCCUGCCUGAGCUGCUCUCAGCAAUAGAUCAGUAGACAUAUUAAAAGUUCAGACCGCAGAUGCCCAUCAGGAAAUGAUGACCUCACUUGGACUAAAGCACAGUGACAGCUCUGACCGUGCUGAAGACUUAAGUUGUGUGAAAAAGAUAAAAGCUCUUGUUAUUUAGAAAAAAAUAAGAUCUGGUUCAGAUAAACAAUGAUUUAAAGAAGAAAAUGAUUGAGAAAAGAAAAAGAUAGGAAGGUUAUAUUUUUUUUAUCGUGGAUUGUUUCAGAUUUGAGAAGUCGCUGCAUCUUCAGUCAAACUGGGGUCAUCCUUUCAAAGCGCACCCACCAUGCUCCCUCAGCCUUCCAAUGGAAACCUGUAUUCCUCAUAUGCACCCACAUGUUUUGUUCCUGAUAGCUAACAGUAGCCCUGAGAUAAAAAAAAACUAAAACCUUUUUUAUCGCAGGAAACCUGCUAGCUUGACAUCGGGAGACAAUUCACGCCGCAUAUUGUGCCUAUAAACAACACAUUCACAUUUGACAACAACACACACACACACACAUACACACUCACUCACUCACCAACCCCCAUGGGUAGAAUAUCUGCCGUCAUCGUAUUCUAGCCUUUAAUGUGGAAGGAGACGCGAUGGAAGUAUGUCAAUAUUCAGAUACAUAUACACACAUAUUAUGCAUAUUUACGAAUAAUGGUAUACUACUAAUAAUAAUUGAUAACUUAGCGGUUAAGCUUAAUAAAUAUAUAACCUGAAAACCUGUAUUGAUUACAUAGAACUUCUUGUUAUUGAGGUAUUGCUAUAUGACAUGUAUCGCUGAACUAGAUGACUAUAGUGAUUUUUUUUUUUUUUUUUUUUUUUUUUUUUUAAGGAUUCUUUUAUUUUGUAAUUUCUCCUUCUGUGUGGGUUGUUCCAGACGGGGGUUCAUUUGAAGGGACUGCAGCAGAUGUAGAAGUUGAUUUCACCCAGAUGACAGGGUCCGUUAGGUUUUUCUUAUUUCCUAAGUGCAGCAGCUAUACUAUGUGUACAAAAGCAUGCAACGUAUAGAUGAAAUUUACACAGAAGCUGACAUUUAUAUUUUAAAUAUAAUUUUUUAAGUGGCUUCAGUUCACUGAAUCAAUUUAGCAAACAGAUUAAAUUCUGAUCUUGCACUCAAACAGUACUAAGAAUGUUAUGGCUAACGCCUGGGCCAAACUAGUUGCAUUUGCAGUGUGUGAUGGCUUUGUCGCUGAUCUGUUGCGUCGGUUUCUGGUAUGACUACUGUAUUUCCAUGAAUUAAAGUAGCCUAUGUAUUCAACUAAAUUCCAGAACUCUGAGGUAUGAAGCUGUGCCUCUUCCAGUCCAAAAUCCACAAUUGAAACCUUGUUUAAACAAAUUAAUGUAUUCAGUCAACAGAAACGCUAGAAUGCUUUUACUUUGAAACAGGUACAGGAAGUGUUGCAACUAUUAAUUUUUGUGACAGAUGAACUGCAUGUGUCAUGCAGAGAAAAUAGGCAGCGUCUUUCAAGCAAAUUGCCUCGGAAUAACAGGCGAAAAGUUAAUAAGUUGAACAAAGUGUUUUAUUUGGUAUAGAUGUGAAUAUGAAAUCACUUAAUCAUUUAUUUGUUUUUUAUCUUCCCACCUCUGUCUGCAGUCCCACACAUUUAAGACAUUGGAUAAAUACUAAACAGAUAAAUGGUUGUGAGGUCGCAGGGUGGUAAUCAUGCAGCUCCUGAAUUUGAACCUGACCUCUCAGUGACUAUUGGUAUCAAGCCCUUGUCUGGAACAGCCCAGGUAUUAGCUUCUUUGAGGGAUUGUAUUACUACUACUCUUAGUAUUAUGAUGAAUAUGAUGACGAUAAUGAUUGCUAUCUAUUGACUAUUUCUAUUUCUCUUCUAUAUGCUAUUGAUAUAUGUAUGUUAAUUGCAAUGUAUAACUUUCUCUAUCUGUAUCCAUGUAUAAAUAUAAUAAUUUACAGUAAAUAUGCAUCUGUGUAUGCGGCAGUGCACAGCUCCAUCUGGGAGGCAGUGAGCAGAACACAUCAGACCCCUGAUAGCUGCUGUAGGAAGAUUCUUGAGUUUGUCGAGCCUACAGUUAGUGACCUCCUUUUUACACAGUAUGUUAGGCGUACUAUAUAUUAAGUCUGUCUGAGCUCUGCUUGUAGGCCUGAAGAGAGUUUAAAGGUGACAAAAAUAGAUAGUUAAUGAUGAAAGUGUAUAUAUAUAUACUGUAAACUGUUUCCCCUCUUCAGUGUCAACCUACCAGCAGAGCUCUCUGCUCACUGCCUGAGCUGUGCAUCUUUCUUUGUUUUGAGUUUGAGUCUCUGGUCAGGGACAAAAGCAUACAUAGAGGCCUAUAUACUCCCAUAUAGCGCCUUAUUUGAUAUACUACAUCUAUAAGAUGAUACAUACCCUUAUUGUAUAAUCCUUCUUACUAUAUACAGUAUAUGAUACCUGAUACCUAUUAUAAUACUUAGACACUCUAUAAGGUAAUUUAGAUAAGAGAUGGUGGAGCUGUUUUUUUUUCUCUGUGGCUGUGGAAGAGUUUGCUGUUGUCAGUGACGUGUUCCCAUCUUGUUUUUCAGGGAGUUUUAAAAAAGGACAGGUCGUUAGGAGAGCGCAAUAUACUUUACUGAUCUUUAUCAUUUAAGUGGACAAACAAUUUCCCCAUCCUUUUUUGAAGUCCUGCGUUGUGGAACCUGCUGAAGGGAAAAGUUUUGACUGAAAAAGCUGAACGUUUUGCAGAAGGCUCCUCUUCCAUUGUUGGAGAAAGAAGAGCAUUGAUUAUAUAACCGACACACGGAAAGACCCCCCAAAAAAAGGACAGCUGAAAAUGUGUGCUUUGUGUUCUGUGUGUGUUGUUAAUGGUGAGCAAAUCAUGUCACUAAUUUAAAAUUCCAUUACCAAUAUCCAUUCUACAAGUCUCUGCCUUUAACCUUCCAAGUUCCUCCAAGACUUUGGCACAAGAAACCAACAACAUGUGCGGCCCUCUCACUGCCCCUUAUGCCAUCACUACAACCCUAAUAAUUGAUCAAGUGUGUUGUUUUGCUGGUGUUUAAGCAGUCGGAUUAUUUUGUUUAUUUCUGCGGUUGCUACCAAACCUUUGAAAGUGUAAUUCAUUGAUAUAAGAGAAAUGGUUCUACUCGGUUAUUAUAUCUCAGUUGGUUGAAAGGUGGUCUUUGUUCUUUAUCUGAGUAAAAGGGCUCAUGUCCUGUGCAGUACUGGUUAUUCCAUCUGUAGUUAAAUUGAAUGACGCGGUUCUCAGCUGUAAAACACUCUUCCCACUCAGGAAGUACUCAUGUGACAGCCACCCACCCCCCUCCCUCCCAUUCCCAGCGACCUUUAUAUAGUUGGUGGCAUUUGAUUUGCCACAAAAAACACACACCGUUAACCAGCCACAAAAAUCGUAAUGAAUCUCUUUUCAUUCGGUUAGAAAAAUACUAUUGGUUAUUAGAAUUGUUUUUCAACAACUCGGAUGAAGAAAACCAGGGUUGUAAAGAAGUUGAAAAUACAAGGCCUCUUUUUGUACUGUAUUUUGACAUUUUGUUGUUUUAUGUUUUGUCUUAUCUUCAUGACUUUGUUUUCUCUUUUCUCCUCCCUGGUUGCAAAUUCAUGAUCACACAAGUGGACCAAAUCUCUUGAAAGCAUUUAAUAAACAGACCGUUUUAGAACAAAA